AUGAUCGCAGUCGUCUGGUUACCAGUCUAUAUCUGCCAACGUGCUGAAGCAAACUCGUUCAACGAAACGAAGUGCUCACUGUUGAAUCGUACAUUGCAGCAAACACAUUGUCAAGGUAAAUCAUUUUGCUACGAUUUAAGAUGGUUUGUUACAUAUCGACCAACUAUAAAUCAACAAGUGUCAUUGAUAGAUGAAUCGUACUCAUCAUAUCAUGAGAGUCGAGAACGAUUGUAUGCCUACGAAGUCGGUCAAAAUUAUACGUGCUAUUACAAAAUGGAAAAAACGUAUGAUGUAAAAUGGCAACGCCCAAUUAAUGUUGCAAAUUCCGGCGCAUUACUCGGCCCAAUAAUAUUAGUCAUGUGUGCUGCGGUUUUUCUAGCCCGUGUGAUUAUUGUCAGACUUCAAGUGUAUAUGAUGAAACGGCGACAAAAUUCAUCAGAUUACGUUCGCGUUAUAAAUCAAUAA